AUGAACAACUCUACAGAUAACUUCACCAGACCUGAAGCUUCUUCAGCCCCUUCCUUUGUGCUAGUGGACAUUCUUGAAAUGUGUGUGUGCGCUUUCAGUUUUCUGGUUGGUCUUCCAAUACAUUUGUAUGUUUUAUGGCUCACUGUCACAGGAACAGAAUGUGGAGUUGCACUGUUGUUCUUCAAACUGAAUCUAUGUGUUUGUGAGAUUGGUAUCUGUGUGGAGAGCUUGAUUUUUAUAUUGUCAUUUUGGUUUUCAAGUCUCACAAAAUUAAUAUGUUUUUUGAUAGGACUAGCUGUCACCGGUCGUCCUCUGUUUCAGUGUCUGAUCUGUGUUGAGCGUUACCUGGCGGUGGUUCAUCCUGUAACCUUUCUGAAGUACAAACCUCUCAGAUACAGAGUGAUCUGUUGUUCUGUGGUCUGGAUAAUUAUUCUUGGCUCAUGUUUUUUCUCUGAGUUCAUCCCACCAUAUACGAUAGCACAUACAUGGUUCUUCUCAGUUCAGUUCCUCCUCUUCCUCUCCAUCCAGUUGUUUUGUCUCGUGGCUGUUCUCAGAGCUCUGAAGCAGUCAGGACCAGGAGAGAGAGUGAGGGAAAAAGAGGAGGAAAACCACAUGAAGAGAAGAGCGUUUCAUUUCAUUCUAAUAUGUACUGUGAACACAGCUAUCAUAUACGUCCCAUAUAUUCUAGCGGGAUUCUUUACCAUUUUAAUAAAGCAGAAUAUCUAUGCACUUUGGUGCAUUUGUUUGUUUUGUUAUUUGCUGGCUGGUUUUGUUCAGCCUGUUCUUUAUCUGCACCGCUUUGGAAAACUCUCCUGCCUCUCUUCCUUUCAGGUUUGCUAA